AUGGAUCAGGCCGAUAUUCCAGCGCUCCUCUCGCGCCUCGCAAGCGACGAGGACGCUGCUAGGAAGAUGGCUGUUUUCAAGCUGCAGUCGUCCAUCAACGACCCCGCCUUCGCCGAUGUCUUUAUAUCGUCGGGCGGUCUGGUCGUCUUGCGACGUCUGAUUAUGAGUGCGGGAGGGAACACAUUGGCGUACUCGCUGCAGAGUUUGACGCGUCUGUUGGAGGUAGACAUGGGCUGGGAGAUUUUUGAGGGAUCGUCGUCAGGGGACCUCGUCGAACGCAUCGUCGAACUAAUUGUCACAAACCCGCUUGUCAACAUUCUCCGCGGCGCCAUGUCGAUCCUGGUCGCCCUCGUCGGCCACACGCAGUCAUCCCGCCCAACAACCCCUCGCACCCCGGGCUCGUUUGGUUUCAGGGCUCUGAAACCCGCCGUUGCAGUCUACCCGCAGUUCUUCGAGCUCGUCAUCGCCCAGCUCCAGUCGGCCGAUCACGCGCUGUGUGCCAAUGCCCUCAUGCUCAUCAACGCUAUGAUUCGGGAUGCCAUUUCCAGCGAUAGUGUCACCACUACCACCAAGGCAAUCUCUCCAGCGAUGGAGGAGUGGUCAAAGUUUAUCAAGCGUCUACAAGAUCUCGGUCUGAUAAAGGCGGUGUACAACCUGAUGCAGAGUUCCUCCCUGCAGGACCUCGCACAUCCUCUGCUCGAGUUCCAGUCCCUGACCAAGGUUCUGCUGAGAAAGUGGCGCGAGGUCAGGGUUGACCUGGAGCGGCCCGAGCAUCGGCGGGGAUUGAAGGGACUCCACCUUGCCAGUAACCCAGAGAAGCAAGUCAAUGGCAUCCCCCGAAUGGACGAGCUUAACGAACUUGGCAAGAAGGGUAGCCGGCGGCAUAAUCCUGAGAAGUGGAGGAGACUAGGCUUCGAAACGGAGAGCCCCACGCAAGAGUUCGAGGUGCCCGGCUUUCUGGGCAUGAUGGACUUGACAGACUACGUGCGCAAGAACGAGGACAGCUUUCAGAAGAUGCUGCUGGAGCAGUCGACGAAACCCAGGAACGAGAGAUGUCCAGUCGCACGGGCCAGUCUUGCGGUGACGAUGAUUCUUUACGACCAUUUCGAAGUCGAGAAGUCGGAUGUUGAGGACACUAAGAGUUACCAAGGCUUAGACGGCAUCAAGAACAACGAAAAGCUGUUCCAUCCGCUUCUCCUUCAGUGGUCGAGACUUCAUACGGCCGGGCUCCAGGCUCUAUUCCGCGUUUGGAAGUCCACGGCCGCCGAGCAGUUGGAUUUUGAGAAGGUGGCAGAGCUGGUCCGCAUACUCGUCGAGCAAGUGGUCGGCCAGGCCAGCAGGACCAAGGAUGUGUUGGAGGUCGAGGAGGAGCUCCUGGAGUAUGACUGCACUCGGUUGCGAGAGCUUCAGAUGGAACUCUUGGAGCUGUCAUUCGAGGAUCAGUGGGGUCAGCAUCUGUACCAAGUCCGCGAGGAGUUGAGGCAGGAGGCCCUCCAAUUUGUUAAGGAACAACGGAUCCGAUGUCUGCUCCAAGGCUCAUGGUUUUCAAAGCCAAUGCCCCGGCGGGACACCAAUCCUCAAAACGAGGUUCAGAAGCGGCGUCUGUACACUCCCCGACCCUGGCGAUUCGCCAAGUUGUCACACAACCGCCGGUACCUCCACUACGCCGACUUUGAAGCACAGACAGCACAAGACCCGGGCCUGGACAUUUUGACGGAGAAGGUCGAUCUCAGCACCAUCAGCUCGGUGGUGUCCAACGUAUCGGCGUCCAACGAAGAGACGCGCAGCGGGACUAGCAGUUCGACGCUCAAGAACAACGUGGCGGUCAAGUCGACAACCAAGAUCACCAUCUUCAGCUAUACCAAUCCCGUGGAGGCGGCCAAGGGCGGUGAUGCGAAGGAGCAAGCGAUAUUGACGCUCUACCCGGUCACGCACAGCCUGGCAUCGGAAUGGCUCGAUGGCCUCCUGAUGCUGCUCAAUCAGGCUCCCAUCACGGCUGAGACAAACAAGCUCGUCAACCUCGUCAGUGACUUUGGGCUUAAGAUAAGACUGCUGAAUGUCAGGAUAGAGGCUGCCUACAACGGACCACCACCUGGUGCCGGGGUCAUUCCCAGUCGGGACGGUCUAGACGAAGACUACUUCUACGAGGUGUGA